CACAAGGAAAAAGGAUAAUGGCUUCGUUAGCGGUAUCUCCUUGGAUAGCCAUGAGAGCCCCCACCCUCUCAGCUUCUCUCGGUCUCGCUGUUACAAGACCAACUUCACUUCCUUUCAACGUUGCACGCUCUUCCUCCAAAACUCGCUCUUCCCUUCUCCAUUGCUCCUUCCUCUCCUCUCCUUCUUCUCUCUCUUUCCCUUCCUCCGUUUCAGGUUUGUCACUGGGAUUGGAUUUGAAAUCUAAUGUUGGGGCUAGAAGAGGAAAAGGCCGAGGCCUGGUUGUGAGGGCAGGCAAGUAUGUUCUUUGCCAAACCAAGAGAAACAGAUCACGAAAAUCAUUGGCACGCACUCAUGGAUUCCGCAGACGAAUGAGAACAACAGGUGGAAGAGCUGUCCUAAAGCGACGACGGGACAAGGGACGGAAAGUCCUUUGCACCAAGUCCCACCCAAAUAGCGGAAAAUAGUGACGAAGAGGGCUUAAAUUUAUUCUAUUUCAGUGGGUAUGGCAUUAUCUGUUGUGAUCAGUGUCAAAUUACCCCUUUUACAUGAGGGGGUGCUAUAAACGAGAGACUAAAGAUUCAAGUCAUUCAACGAUGAGAUUUCCUCUGUUUCCUUCUAUCCUUUGUUACUUGAAGAGGAUGCUUACGAAAAAAGAGAGAGUAGUCGAGCAGUAUUUUCAAUGAAAGUUUAAGCCAUUUGUUUCUUUUGCUAAUGUUUGUUUGCAUGAUUGUAAAAAUUGUUGGAGGUACAACCUUGUUUUAGAUUCAGG